ACUAAAGAAAAGAAAUCUAAAGAAAGUACAUAUUAGUAAAGAAACUGCAAAGUGGUAUUUUGUCAAGAAACAAAUUUUUAACAAAAUAACUACAACUGUAAUAUAAGAAAAUGAAUAGACAGGAAGCAACUGAGAAAAAUUAUAUAAUAUCGUCUUUAACUUUAAAUACCGAAGAAAAUGUAAAUAGUGAUAAAUUAGAGAAAGUAGUUUGUUUAAAAUGUGAUUUAGAAUUUACAUUUCCGGAAGAAGAAGAUGAAUAUCUUGCUCAUUUAUUUUUGAUUCAUCGGUUAGUUAUAGCUGACAUUGAAGAUAUAGCAGACUUAAAAGAAUAUCUUAUAUUUUGGUCGAAAGAAUUGAAAGAACAUGGAUUGGAGCACUUCUGUACAACUAUGCUUUUAGACCAAUUGCCAGAUGGCGCGCCUUCAAAGGAUGAGAAAUACUACUUAUUAAGUGAUAUUCUUCCGAAAGACUUGGAAAUUCGAAAAAAAUUGCAUAUAUCUCGUUUAGAAAAAGUGUUGGCACAACAUCAAUUUGAACGAACUGAUCGUACAUUUUGCAAAGAAUGUAUACACUGCCGCGACAUUAUAAAAGGCACAAGAUCAGACUUUUUAGAACACUUAUAUAAUAAACAUUUUGUUCAAUUAGGAAAAGCAGAAAACCUGGUUUUCAUUGAUGAGUUAAUAGACAUUGUGCAAAGUAAAUUAGAAAAUUUAAUUUGCCUUUAUUGCGAAAAAACUUUUAAAGAUCGAUGUACUUUAAAGGAGCAUAUGAGAAAAAAAGGUCACAAAAGAAUAAAUCCAGAUUUAAAAUUUUAUGAUAAGUUUUUCCUUAUAAAUUAUAAAACUGAAAAACCAAAACGUACGAAAAAGUUUAAUAAAAAAUCUCGUGAAACAGAGAAUGAUAAAACGUUGGCGAACAAUUUUAGAAAUUCAACUUCAAAUUUUAAUCGGAAAGAAAAUAACAGAAAUAUAAUCAUGAGUGAUGAUGAUGCAGACUCUGAUUGGUCAGACUGGGAAGAGGAAAAUAGAAGCAUAAAAUGUUUAUUUUGUGCUUACAAAAAUAGCGAUUUCAAUAAUGUAAAAUUACACAUGCUUGAAGAACAUUAUAUUAAUUUUGACGAGCUUACAAGCGCAUUGAAUUUUUAUGAGAGAGUCAAAAUAGUUAAUUUUGUUCGACGUCAAGUUCAUAUUUUACAAUGUAUUGAUUGCAAACAAAGAUUUAAUAGUCAUGAAUUAUUUGAAGAACAUUUAAAAGCUAACAAGCAUUAUACUAUUGGCGAAAAAAGUCAGUGGGACAAAGCAGAAUUUUUUUUUCCUACUUACGAAGAUGACGAGAUGCUUUGUCAUUUGGACGAUGAAAAUGCCGAUUAUGGAAAAACUCCUGUUGUCAUAUAUUCAGAAGAAACAAAAGAUAACGCUAAUGAGGAAGCAGAAAAGCUAUCUUUAGAAAAUUUUGCUCAUAGUGUUUCCAAAUUAUUUUAGUAGGCAUGCGAAAAAGCAUGCAAUAAUUGUAAAAGAAACCAGUUUAUUAGAAAAUAUAUGUACAUAUAUAUUAAAUUACAUGUUAUAUACAAGGGUAUCUAUAAAGAUUUUUUACAAUUUUCUCUUUGCUUAAUCUGCAUAAAAAGAUAAAGAAAAAUUUAAAUUUAUUAAAUUACAUACAUUAGUUUGUCACCUUAAAAUA